UUUAUUGAAAAUUAGUAAAAAUGAAUAUCCUUUGGGCCAUGAUGACGAUAAUGAUGAUGGCCACUGCCGUUAAGGCCGCUGAGAAGUCCCCAACUGUGGCUAGUGGCGAUAAGAAGUUAACAUACAAGAGUCCCCUCAUUGAUGGCAAAUCCUAUUAUUUCGGGGAUCACUUUGAUCGCGUUGAAGAGUCACGCAACAACUGGAUACUUUCGCAGGCCAAGAAGGACGACCUUGAUGAGGAAAUAGCAAAAUACGAUGGCGUCUGGAACUGGGAGUCGCCAGCGGACAUCAUCUUUGAUGAGGACAAGGGACUAGUGCUCAAGUCAAAGGCCAAACAUGCCGCCAUUGCAGCUCCACUGUUCAAGGAGUUUGAUUUCAAGGCAAAUAAGCCGCUGGUGGUCCAGUACGAGGUCACAAUGCAGGAUGGCCAGGAGUGCGGUGGCUCCUAUCUGAAGUUGCUAUCCACCGGCCAGGACACGGCCGAUCUUACCAAGUUUAAUGACAAGACACCAUACACGAUUAUGUUUGGACCGGACAAGUGUGGCGGGAACAAGAAAAUCCAUUUCAUAUUUCGCCACGUCAAUCCCCUGAAUGGCAGCAUCAGUGAGAAGCAUUGCAAGAAACCAAAGGAGCGUGUGGAUGAGCUGUUUACCGACAAGUUGCCCCAUUUGUAUCAGUUGAUUGUUUAUCCUGAUAGUAACUUCGAGAUGCGCGUCGAUCACAAUGUGAUUAAGGAAGGCUCCUUGCUAUGGGAUUUCCAGCCACCGGUGAAUCCUCCAGCGGAUAUUGAUGAUCCUACCGAUCGCAUGCCCGACGAUUGGGAUGAACGCGAAAAGAUCGCAGAUCCCUUGGCCCAGAAACCCGAUGAUUGGGAUGAAGACGCCCCAGCCGAAUUGGUCGAUGAGUCGGCUCAAAUGCCCGACAAUUGGCUCCAGGAAGAGCCCACAUUGAUCUCGGAUCCGACCGCCAAGAAACCUGAUGACUGGGAUGCCGAAAUCGAUGGCGAAUGGGAGGCACCGCUAGUGGAGAAUCCUGUGUGCGAGACUGUUGCAGGCUGUGGACCAUGGAGAGCUCCUUUAAUUGCCAAUCCCGCUUACAAGGGCAAAUGGCAUGCCCCCAUGAUUGAGAAUCCCAAUUUUCAGGGCUUUUGGGCACCUCGUAAGAUACCGAACCCUGACUUCUUUGAGGAUCUAAAGCCGUUCCAAACCAUGACACCAAUUAGCGCUGUGGGUCUGGAACUUUGGUCCAUGUCCCCCGAUAUACUCUUCGACAAUCUGAUCAUUACGGAUGACAUCGAGGUGGCCCGUGAGUUUGCUGCCCAGACUUUUGACAUCAAGCGACGCUUUUUAAGUGCCGAUCCGGAGUCAUUUGUCCAUCAGAUUGUGGAGCUCACCAAGAACCAUCGCCUGGUUUGGAUCGUUGUCACCCUGACCAUACUCCUCGUGAUCACUGUCGGGGGCUACCUUCGAUUUGGCAAAGCCAAAAAGACGAAACUCCCCAUAGAGAAGACCACAACAGCAUCUGUUGCCCAAGCCAAGAAGAAUGAUGACGAAAUUCAUCCUGACAAUGAAGAGGAAAUACACACCGAGAACACCCAGUCGACCUUUGAGGAGGAGACCUCUACCCCCAUACCGGAAACUGAAACAUCUCUAAGCAAUAUCCCACAGAACUUCGAUUCCAUUCCCUGUUUAAAUCUCGAUUCGGAGGCCAUGGACGUUGCUGCAAGGACCAAAGAAAGGAUCGUACGCAAGCGUGCGGUUCGUAAGGAUUAGUCUCAGGAUUCCCCCAUUCCUUCUAGUUAAAUUCAAUGUGAUCAUGGGACACCCUCUCAUCAGUUUUUCGGCACAUUUUCCACAUUUUUCCACCAAAUUUGUUUUCAACUUUAUUACUCGUAAAAGAAACAAAAUUUUGUUUAUGUUCUAUGCGAAAAAAAAAUACAAUCUAAUGAUAAUGUAUGCAAGGCAAA